GUCGUAUGGGUCCCUGUGAUUUCUGAUGGCGUCCUGGUGUUUGGUAUACAGUAGGUUGGGCUUUGAUUUCAUCUUGUGGCAUAGAAAUCUCCCGCCUCCACAGGUAAUACAAGGUACUGAAUUUAAGUUCGCCCAGGUCACGGUACAGCAUCUCACAGCAACCAACAAGCGAUUUGUUUUUAAAGGUGAUCAGUAAAUGGUUCCAGGUGAUAGGCUGCUGCUUUUUAUUGAGUAAUCCUACUGCUCCCCAGCACUAUUUCUUUAAAAAGGGAACGAGAGAGACUCUCACUAGAGGAAGUUAUAGAGCACUGACAGCAGCCAUAGCUGCACACGCCUGCCACUGUGAAUAAGCGGCCCAGAAUUGAACCUGACCGCCACCACCUACAAACGAGUCCCAAUUACAAAGUGAUCUACUUCCUUUAAAAUCACAUAAAUGAAGGGGCGGAGGCAUGUUGUGCUUAUCACGUGACACUGAAGUUGUGUGACUCCGGCUGUUCGGAGAGAAGUGGCGGCAGUGUAUUCGUGACUGGCGGGGUGAUAUGGCUCUGCGGCGAGUCACAGGGAUUCUUUCCCUGUCUUUCUGUCUAUGGCUGUCUCUCGGUGUGGCCUCCCACUUGCGCGGGAAGCUGCUGGGUGCUGAGACGCAAUGGACUGUAGCCGAGGACUCGCCCUACGGUUCUCUAUGGCCGCUGCCUCGGACAGUGAUUCUCUCAGCCGACACCUUCCGCAUCCCGCCGUCCGCCUUCAGCAUUGUGCAUGGCUCGGGCUCCAGUGUGGGCACUUCCUGUGUGAUGCUGCAGGAUGCCUUCCGCAGGUAUUACGAUUACAUGUUUGGCUAUUCCAAGUGGAAACAUGUAUUUGAAAAGCCCACGGAUGCUGGCCAGUUGCUGCAGCUUCAAGUUAUAAUUCUUUCUCAGGACCAUGAAUGUCAUCAUUAUCCCAGUGUUAAAUCGGAUGAAUCAUAUGAACUAAGUGUUGGAGAGAAUGUAGCUAUCCUGAAAGCAAAGCAAGUUUGGGGCGCUCUCAGAGGGCUGGAGACUUUUAGUCAACUCAUCUAUGAAGACAGUUAUGGAGCUUUUAUGAUCAACAAGACUCAUAUAGAGGAUUCCCCAAGGUUUGCACACCGAGGAGUUCUACUGGACACUUCCAGACACUACCUACCACUGAAGACCAUUUUCCUGAACUUAGAUGCAAUGGCCUUUAACAAGUUUAAUGUGUUUCACUGGCAUAUUGUUGACGAUCCAUCUUUCCCAUACCAAAGUAUUACUUUUCCUAAUCUAAGUGACAAGGGUUCUUAUCACCCAUACACACACGUUUACACCCCCAUUGAUGUCCGGUUGGUGAUUGAAUAUGCUAGAAUGAGAGGAAUUCGUGUUGUACCAGAGUUUGAUUCACCAGGACAUACAGAUUCAUGGGGUAAAGGGCAACAAAAUCUUCUAACUCCUUGCUUCAACAAAGGACAGCUGAGCGGUACAUACGGCCCUGUAAAUCCCAUCAUAAAUGAUACCUACAGUUUCAUGUACAAAUUCUUUCAAGAAGUCAGCAAAGUUUUUCCUGAUCAAUACAUCCAUUUAGGCGGAGAUGAAGUAGACUUUUCUUGCUGGAAAUCAAAUCCUGAUGUUGCCAAAUUUAUGACUGACCGCGGCUUUGGCACAGAUUACUGCAAGCUAGAAUCCUAUUACAUCCAGCAAAUUUUGGGCAUAGUCUCAUCUCUUAAGAAGGGCUACAUGGUCUGGCAGGAGGUCUUUGAUAACAACGUUAAGAUUAAUCCAGACACCAUAGUGGAAGUGUGGAAGGAGGAGAACUGUUAUGAAGCACUAUACAAAGUGACAGCUGCAGGGUUCCCAGCUAUCAUGGCUGCCCCUUGGUACCUAGAUUACAUUAGCGUUGGCCAAGACUGGCAGAAAUACUACAAAGUUGAGCCACUAAAUUUCAAUGGAACUGCCCAACAGAAGCAGCUUGUAAUUGGAGGUGAAGCCUGUUUGUGGGGUGAAUUUGUGGAUGCCACUAAUCUUACUCCCAGACUAUGGCCUCGAGCAAGUGCUGUAGCUGAAAGACUAUGGAGCAGCCAGAGUGUGACAUCAGUGGGAGAUGCUUACAAUCGACUUGUGAAACAUCGCUGCCGCAUGCUCAGGCGUGGAAUAGCAGCUGAGCCUUUAUAUGUGGGAUACUGUGACCAUGAGCUGGAUGUCUAGAAUGGUCACAUGACAAUCUUUACACCAAUCAGCAAGGGAACAGCUUUGGGAUGUAGCGAGCCAAACAAUGCACUGAAUUAUUUUCCUGAUCAUAUUGUAAAGUGGGUGUAUCCAAACGGCAGUUUUUUUUGUGCUGGCACGGCCUCUGCCAGCAUCCAAAACCAGCUCAUGGGCCACAUGUUUGGCACCCCUGUGCAACUGUUUUUUUUUUUUUUUAUAAAUCAUGAUCUACAUAUAGAGAGAUGUUUACAUAAUAAAAUUCUUGAUUUAAAAGGCA